AUGACCAGUAAUCUUUCCCAACCUGAUACCCUGCAGUUCUGCUAUGAGAAUGUGAACAGAUCUUGUAUUAAAUCUUCCUACUCACCUGCAUCUCGGGUGAUUCUGUACACAGUGUUUGGCUUUGGGUCUUUAUUGGCUAUCUUUGGAAACUUCUUGGUGAUGAUGUCAGUUCUUCACUUCAAGCAGCUUCAUUCGCCAGCCAAUUUCUUGAUCGCCUCUCUGGCCUGCGCAGACUUUCUGGUGGGAGUGACCGUGAUGCCCUUCAGCAUGGUCAGGUCCGUGGAGAGCUGCUGGUACUUUGGAGCCCGAUUUUGUGCCCUUCACAGUUCCUGUGAUGUGGCAUUUUGUUACUCUUCUCUCUUCCACUUGUGCUUCAUCUCCAUCGACAGGUACGUUGCUGUUACUGACCCCCUGGUCUAUCCCACCAAGUUCACGGUGUCUGUGUCAGGAGUAUGCAUCAGCAUCUCCUGGAUCCUGCCCAUUGUGUACAGCGGAGCUGUGUUCUACACAGGUGUCAGUGACGAUGGGAUGGAGGAAUUAGUAAGUGCUCUCAACUGUAUAGGCGGUUGUCAAAUUGUUGUAAAUCAAGAAUGGGUUUUGAUAAGUGUUCUGAUAUUUUUUAUACCUUCCCUCAUUAUGGUAAUUCUUUAUGGUAAGAUUUUUAUUGUAGCUAAACAACAAGCUCUAAAAAUUGAAAAUACUGGCAGCAAAGCAGAAUCAGAGAGCUACAAAUUCAGAGUGGCCAAGAGAGAGAGAAAAGCAGCUAAAACCCUGGGGGUCACAGUAGUAGCAUUUAUGAUUUCAUGGUUACCAUAUACAAUUGAUAUAUUAAUUGAUGCCUUUAUGGGUUUCAUAACCCCGGCCUAUAUUUAUGAGAUUUGCUGUUGGGGUGCCUAUUAUAACUCAGCCAUGAACCCUUUGAUUUAUGCUUUAUUUUACCCUUGGUUUAGGAAAGCCAUGAAAGUCAUUUUAACUGGGGGAUUUUUUAAUGAUAGUUCAUCAACCAUUAGUUUAUUUUCAGAAUGA